GAGUGUGGGCUGCUGGCAGGAGCUGUGUCGGUCCUGGGCCCUCAGAGGGAGGUGAGACCCAGUGGCCCCUGCCCCACUGUCUGAGCCCCUGGCCUGGGCACCACCUGGAGUUCCCCGGUAGAGACAGGUCGCAGGUCCUUCCCGCCACCCUCACCCCCAGCAUGGAUCAUUCUUCGUUCAGCGGUGCGCCCCGCUUCCUCACUCGACCUAAGGCUUUUGUGGUGUCGGUGGGCAAGGAUGCCACGCUGAGCUGCCAGAUCGUGGGCAACCCCACGCCGCAGGUGAGCUGGGAGAAGGACCGGCAGCUGGUAGAGGCGGGCGCUCGCUUCCGCCUGGCUCAGGACGGAGACUUGUACCGCCUUACCAUCCUGGAUCUGGCGCUCGGCGACAGCGGGCAGUAUGUGUGCCGCGCGCGAAACGCCAUCGGCGAGGCAUUCGCGGCCGUGGGCCUGCAGGUGAACGCCGAGGCCGCUUGCGCGGAGCAGGCGCCGCACUUCUUGCUGAGACCCACGUCCAUCCGCGUGCGCGAGGGCGCCGAGGCCACCUUCCGCUGCCGCGUGCGCGGCUCGCCGCCUAUGGCCGUGAGCUGGGCCAAGGACGGGCGGCGCCUGGGCGCUCCCGACGCCCCGCGAGUGAGCGUGGAAGCCAGUGGCGAGGCGAGCGCGCUGCGCAUCCAGGCCGCUCGGCCGCACGACGGAGGAACGUACACUGUGCGUGCCGAGAACCCGCUGGGCACCGCCAGCGCUGCCGCCGCGCUGACGGUGGACGCAGACGUGGAUGCAGCAGGCCCGCCUGGAGCCUCCACCGCCGCGCUCUUGGCGCACCUGCAGCGGCGGCGCGAGGCCAUGCGGGUGGAGGGCGCUCCGGCUUCGCCGCCCGGGGCCGGCACGCGCACCUGCACGGUGACUGAAGGCAAGCACGCGCGCCUCAGCUGUUACGUGACUGGUGAGCCUAAGCCCGAGACCGUGUGGAAGAAGGAUGGGCAGCUGGUGGCCGAGGGCCGGCGACAUGUGGUGUACGAGGACGCACAGGAGAACUUUGUGCUCAAGAUCCUCUUCUGCAAGCAGUCGGACCGCGGCCUCUACACCUGCACGGCGUCCAACCUCGUGGGCCAGACCUACAGCUCUGUGCUGGUCGUCGUUCGAGAGCCUACGGUGCCCUUCAAGACGCGGCUGCAGGACCUGGAGGUGCAGGAGAAAGGGUCGGCCACGUUCCGGUGCGAGGUACCGCUGCCAGCCACGGAGGCUGCGUGGUACAAGGAAGAAACGCGGCUGUGGGCCAGCGCCAAGUACGCCAUCGAGGAGGCAGGCACAGAGCGCAGGCUGACCGUGCGCAACGCCUCGGCUGACGACGACGCCGUGUACAUCUGCGAGACGGCCGAGGGCAGCCGCACGGUGGCUGAGCUCUCAGUGCGAGGCAACCUCACCCGAAAGCUACCGAGGAAGACGGCUGUGCGAGUGGGAGACACUGCCAUGUUCUGUGUAGAGCUGGCCAGGCCGGCGGACCAGGUGCGCUGGCUGUGGAACCAAGAGGAGGUGGUGGCCAGUGGCCGCAUGGCCAUCACCACCGAAGGCACGUGCCACACGCUGACCAUCUCCCAGUGCAGCCUAGAGGACGUGGGUGAGGUGGCCUUCGUGGCUGGGGACUGCAGGACGUCCACCCAGUUCUGUGUGUCAGCCCCCAGGAAGCCACCCCUGCAUGCCCCUGAGGCCCUUGUGGUGAAGGCCAAGACGGAGAGCUCUGUGACCCUCGGCUGGUCCCCUCCAACCCACGGGGACCACCCUGUUGCCAUUGAUGGUUACCUGGUAGAGAAGAAGCGACUGGGCACCUACACCUGGAGCCGGUGCCACGAGGCCGACUGGGUGGCCACACCAGAGCUGACUGUGGCUGGCGUGACCGAGGAGGCGGACUUCCAGUUCCGGGUCUCAGCUGUGAACAGCUUUGGCCAGAGCCACUACCUUGAGUUUCCGGGGACCGUUCACCUGGUCCCCCAGCUGGCUGUGAAGACGCCUCUGAAAGCAGUGGAGGCGGUGGAGGGCGGUGAGGUGACCUUCUCUGUGGACCUGACUUCGGCCUCGGCGGGCGAGUGGUUCCUGGAUGGGCAGGCUUUGAAGGCCAGCAGUGUGCACGUGAUGCGCUGUGAUGGCACCCGGCACACUGUCACCAUCCGCUCGGUGCCCGCCAGCCUGCACGGUGCUGAGCUCAAGUUCGUGGCCAAUGGCAUUGAGAGCAGCAUCCGCAUGGAGGUCCGAGCGGCCCCAGGGCUGACCAGCAAGCAUCCAGCAGCAGUGCAGGAGGUGCUGGCCCGGCUGCACGAGGAAGCACAGCUCCUGGCUGAGUUGUCAGACCAGGCUGCUGCUGUGACGUGGCUCAAGGAUGGCCGAGCACUACCCCCAGGCCCCAAGUACGAGGUGCAGGCUUCGGCAGGGCAGCAGGCACUGCUGGUGCGGGACGUGGUGCGAGAUGAUGCUGGCCUGUAUGAAUGCGUCAGCCGUGGGGACCGCAUCGCCUACCAGUUGUCGGUGCAAGGGCUCACACCUUUUCUGCACAAGGACUCGGCAGGCGGCUGUGUGGACGCAGUGGCCGGGGGCCCGGUCCACUUUGAGUGCGAGACUGCAGAGGCCCACAUGCAUGUGCGCUGGUUCAAGGACGGUGCAGAGCUCAGCCGCUCCUGCUCACACUUCUCGCAGGAGGAUAUGGGCACGCGGCACCGGCUUGUGGCCACCUCAGUCACCAGGCAGGACGAGGGCACCUACUCAUGCCGUGUGGGCGAGCAUUCUGUGGAUUUCCAGCUGCGAGUCUGUGAGCCCACGGUGGUGUUUGCCAAGGAGCAGCAGGCAUGCAGUGAGGUGCAGGCCGCGGCGGGCGCCAGUGCCACGCUGAGCUGUGAGGUGGCUCAGGCCCAGACGGACGUGACGUGGUACAAGGAUGGCAAGAAGCUGAGUGGGAGCUCAAAAGUGCGCGUGGAGGCCAAGGGCUGCACCCGGCGUCUGGUGCUGCAGCAGGCGGGGAAAGCGGACAGCGGGGAGUACAGCUGCGAGGCCGGGGGCCAGAAGGUCUCCUUCCACCUAGACGUCACAGAGCCUGCAGCCGUGUUUGUCAAGGAACAGCCAUCACGCAGGGAGGUGCAGAUUGCAGCAGCUGCCAGUGCCACACUGAGCUGCGAGGUGGUCCAGGCCCAGACAGAGGUGACAUGGUACAAGGAUGGCAAGAAGCUGAGUGGGAGCUCAAAAGUACGCAUGGAGGCCAAGGGCUGCACUCGGUGUCUGGUGCUGCAGCAGGCAGGGAAGGCGGACAGCGGGGAGUACAGCUGCGAGGCCGGGGGCCAGAGGAUCUCCUUCCACCUGGAUGUCACAGAGCCCACGGUGGUGUUUGCCAAGGAGCAGCAGGCACGCAGUGAGGUGCAGGCCGAGGCGGGGGCCAGCGCCACGCUGAGCUGUGAGGUGGCCCAGGCCCAGACGGAGGUGACGUGGUACAAGGAUGGCAAGAAGCUGAGUGGGAGCUCAAAAGUGCGCGUGGAGGCCAAGGGCUGCACCCGGCGUCUGGUGCUGCAGCAGGCGGGGAAGGCGGACAGCGGGGAGUACAGCUGCGAGGCCGGGGGCCAGAAGGUCUCCUUCCGCCUGGACGUCACAGAGCCCACGGUGGUGUUUGCCAAGGAGCAGCAGGCACGAGGUGAGGUGCAGGCCGAGGCGGGGGCCAGUGCCACGCUGAGCUGUGAGGUGGCCCAGGCCCAGACGGAGGUGACGUGGUACAAGGAUGGCAAGAAGCUGAGUGGGAGCUCGAAAGUGCGCGUGGAGGCCAAGGGCUGCACCCGGCGUCUGGUGCUGCAGCAGGCGGGGAAGGCGGACAGCGGGGAGUACAGCUGCGAGGCCGGGGGCCAGAAGGUCUCCUUCCGCCUGGACGUCACAGAGCCCACGGUGGUGUUUGCCAAGGAGCAGCAGGCACGCGGUGAGGUUCACGCCGAGGCGGGGGCCAGCGCCACGCUGAGCUGUGAGGUGGCCCAGGCCCAGACGGAGGUGACGUGGUACAAGGAUGGCAAGAAGCUGAGUGGGAGCUCAAAAGUGCGCGUGGAGGCCAAGGGCUGCACCCGGCGUCUGGUGCUGCAGCAGGCGGGGAAGGCGGACAGCGGGGAGUACAGCUGCGAGGCCGGGGGCCAGAAGGUCUCCUUCCGCCUGGACGUCACAGAGCCCACGGUGGUGUUUGCCAAGGAGCAGCAGGCACGAGGUGAGGUGCAGGCCGAGGCGGGGGCCAGCGCCACGCUGAGCUGUGAGGUGGCCCAGGCCCAGACGGAGGUGACGUGGUACAAGGAUGGCAAGAAGCUGAGUGGGAGCUCGAAAGUGCGCGUGGAGGCCAAGGGCUGCACCCGGCGUCUGGUGCUGCAGCAGGCGGGGAAGGCGGACAGCGGGGAGUAUAGCUGCGAGGCCGGGGGCCAGAAGGUCUCCUUCCGCCUGGACGUCACAGAGCCCACGGUGGUGUUUGCCAAGGAGCAGCAGGCACGCGGUGAGGUUCACGCCGAGGCGGGGGCCAGCGCCACGCUGAGCUGUGAGGUGGCCCAGGCCCAGACGGAGGUGACGUGGUACAAGGAUGGCAAGAAGCUGAGUGGGAGCUCAAAAGUGCGCGUGGAGGCCAAGGGCUGCACCCGGCGUCUGGUGCUGCAGCAGGCGGGGAAGGCGGACAGCGGGGAGUACAGCUGCGAGGCCGGGGGCCAGAAGGUCUCCUUCCGCCUGGACGUCACAGAGCCCACGGUGGUGUUUGCCAAGGAGCAGCAGGCACGAGGUGAGGUGCAGGCCGAGGCGGGGGCCAGCGCCACGCUGAGCUGUGAGGUGGCCCAGGCCCAGACAGAGGUGACGUGGUACAAGGAUGGCAAGAAGCUGAGUGGGAGCUCGAAAGUGCGCGUGGAGGCCAAGGGCUGCACCCGGCGUCUGGUGCUGCAGCAAGCGGGGAAGGCGGACAGCGGGGAGUACAGCUGCGAGGCCGGGGGCCAGAAGGUCUCCUUCCGCCUGGACGUCACAGAGCCCACGGUGGUGUUUGCCAAGGAGCAGCAGGCACGCGGUGAGGUUCACGCCGAGGCGGGGGCCAGCGCCACGCUGAGCUGUGAGGUGGCCCAGGCCCAGACGGAGGUGACGUGGUACAAGGAUGGCAAGAAGCUGAGUGGGAGCUCAAAAGUGCGCGUGGAGGCCAAGGGCUGCACCCGGCGUCUGGUGCUGCAGCAGGCGGGGAAGGCGGACAGCGGGGAGUACAGCUGCGAGGCCGGGGGCCAGAAGGUCUCCUUCCGCCUGGACGUCACAGAGCCCACGGUGGUGUUUGCCAAGGAGCAGCAGGCACGAGGUGAGGUGCAGGCCGAGGCGGGGGCCAGCGCCACGCUGAGCUGUGAGGUGGCCCAGGCCCAGACAGAGGUGACGUGGUACAAGGAUGGCAAGAAGCUGAGUGGGAGCUCGAAAGUGCGCGUGGAGGCCAAGGGCUGCACCCGGCGUCUGGUGCUGCAGCAGGCGGGGAAGGCGGACAGCGGGGAGUACAGCUGCGAGGCCGGGGGCCAGAAGGUCUCCUUCCACCUGGACGUCACAGAGCCGGAGCAUGAGCCCCCAGCCCUGGAGAGAUCCGGACGGAAGGAGCCUCUGGUGGUCAGGGAACACGAAGAUAUCGUCCUGACCGCCACGCUGGCCACACCCUCUGUGGCUGUGGUGACGUGGCUCAAGGAUGGCGUGGAGAUUCGUCGCAGCAAGCGGCAUGAGACGGCCAGUCUGGGGGACACGCACACCCUGACCGUGCGUGGUGCGCAGACCCUGGACAGCGCGGUCUACAGUUGCCGCGUGGGCAUGGAAGGGCAGGACUUUCCGGUGCAGGUAGAAGAGGUGGCCGCCAAAUUCUGCCGGCCCCUGGAACCAGUGGUCGGGGAGCUGGGAGGCACAGCAACGCUGGCCUGUGAGGUGAGCCCGGCACAGGCCGAGGUGCUGUGGCGCUGCGGGACCACGCAGCUCCGGGCCGGCAAGCGCUUCCAGAUGGCUGCCGAGGGGACCCAGCGCUCACUCACGGUGUCGGGCUUGCGGGCGGAGGAUGCGGGCGAGUACGUGUGCGAGAGUCGCGAUGACCGCACCAGCACCAGGCUCUCUGUUCGAGUCCCCCGCGAGGUCAAGUUCACGUCUGGGCUGAGCGCCGUGGUCGCGGAGGAAGGCGGAGAGGCCACCUUCCAGUGCGUGGUGACCCCCAGCGACGCGGUGGUCACGUGGUUUCGGGACGGCGCCCAGCUGCAGCCCAGCGAGAAGUCUGUCAUCUCACAGAGCGGCGCCAGUCACAGCCUGACCAUCUUGGGCCUGGCCCUGGAGGACGCCGGCCAGAUAACCGCGGAGGCUGAGGGCGUCACAUCCGUGGCCGCCCUCCGGGUCCGAGAGGCUCCGGUCCUGUUCAAGAAGAAGCUGGAGCCGCAGACGGUGGAGGAGUGGGGCUCUGUGACCAUGGCGGUGGAACUGACAAGGCCCUGGCCAGAAGUCAAGUGGACGCGAAACGCUGUUGCCCUGGCCCCGGGCGAGAACGUGGCUAUCUACGCCGAGGGCACAAGUCACUGCUUGGUCCUCCGCAGUGUGGGUUUCGCUGACCGCGGCUUCUAUGGCUGCGAGACGCCAGACGACAAGACGCAGGCCAAGCUCACCGUGGAAAUGCGCCAGAUCCGGCUUGUGCAGGGCCUGCAGGAGGUGGAGGUGCGGGAGCAGGGCUCUGUCACCAUGGAGGUGGAGCUGUCGCACGCCGAUGUAGAGGGCAGCUGGACGCGCGAUGGCCUGCGGCUCCAGCCGGGGCCCACAUGCCAACUGGCCGUGCGAGGUUCUAUCCACACCCUCACGCUGUCCAGGCUGCAGCUGCAAGAUGGAGGCCUCAUUGCCUUCAAGGCCGAGGGCGUGCACACGUCCGCACGGCUCGUGGUCACUGAGCUGCCUGUGAGGUUCAUCCGCCCACUACAGGAUGUGGUGGCCACAGAGAAGGACAAAGUGAUCCUAGAGUGUGAGCUGUCGCGCCCCCAUGUGGAUGUGCGCUGGCUGAAGGAUGAUGUGGAGCUGCAGGUGGGCAAGAUGGUGGGCAUGGUGGCCCAGGGUGCCUGCCGGACUCUCAUCAUUUACCGGUGUGUGCUUGGGGACCAGGGCGUGUACAUGUGUGACGCCCACGACGCUCAGACCUCGGCCUCCGUGAAGGUACAAGGCCGCAACAUCCAGAUCGUGAGGCCCCUGGAGGAUGUGGAGGUGAUGGAAAAGGAGGGCGCCACCUUCUCCUGUGAGGUCUCCCAUGACGAGGUGCCUGCCCAGUGGUUCCGGGAGGGCAGUAAAGUUCGGCCCAGUGACAAUGUACGCAUCCGCCAGGAAGGAAGGACACACACGCUCAUCUACCGAAGGGUCCUGGCGGAAGGAGGAGGAGAAAUCCGAUUUGUAGCUGAAAAUGCAGAAUCACGAGCCCAGCUCCGAGUGAGAGAGCUGCCGGUGUCCAUCUUGCGCCCGCUGCGUGACAAGAUCGCCAUGGAGAAGCACCGGGGUGUACUCGAGUGCCAGAUGUCUCGGGCCAGCGCCCAGGUGCGGUGGUACAAGGGUGGCGUGGAACUGCAGCCUGGGCCCAAGUACGAGAUGGUCAGCGAUGGCCUUUACCGCAAGCUGGUCAUCAACGACGUGCAGCCCGAGGACGAGGACACUUACACCUGUGAUGCGGGCGAUGUGAAGACCUGUGCCCAGUUCUUCGUGGAAGAGCAAUCCAUCACCAUCACGCGGGGCCUGCAGGACGUGACAGUGAUGGAGCCCGCCCCUGCCUGGUUUGAGUGCGAGACCUCCAUCCCAUCUGUUCGGCCGCCCAAGUGGCUGCUGGGCAAGACAGUGCUACAGGCAGGGGCGGACGUGGGCUUGGAGCAGGAGGGCACCGUGCACAGGCUGACGCUGCGGCGCACUUGCGCCACCAUGUCAGGGCCAGUGCACUUCACCAUCGGCAAGGCGCGCUCCACCGCCCGCCUGGUGGUCUCAGACAUCCCUGUAGUGGUCACGCGGCCGCUGGAGCCCAAGGCAGGGCGCGAGCUGCAGUCAGUAGUCCUGUCCUGCGACUUUAAACCGGCCCCCAAGGCGGUGCAGUGGUACAAGGAGGACACACCCCUGGCACCGUCUGACAAGUUCAGGAUGAGUCUGGAGGGUCACAUGGCAGAGCUGCGCGUACUGCGGCUCACGCCUGCUGACUCUGGCAUCUACCGGUGCCAGGCCGGCAGCGCCCAGAGCAGCGCCGAGGUCACUGUGGAAGCGCGGGAAGUAACGGUGACGCAGCCGCUGCAGGACACCGAGGCCAUGGAGGAGGGCCGCGCCUGCUUCUCGUGUGAAUUGUCCCACGAGGAUGAGGAGGUGGAGUGGUCGCUCAACGGGACGCCCCUCUACAACGACAGUUUCCACGAGAUCACCCACGAGGGCCGCCGCCACACUCUGGUGCUGAAGCGGGUCCGGCGGGUGGAUGCGGGCACCGUGUGCGUCUCUUCCCCCAAGGUGACGGCCUCUGCCCAACUGGCGAUUAGAACGAAACCGGUGGUAUUUCUGAAGGCGCUGGACGAUGUGUCUGCAGAGGAGCGGGGAACUCUGGCCCUGCAGUGUGAGGUCUCAGACCCUCAGGCUCGAGUGGUGUGGCGCAAGGACGGCGUGGAGCUGGGUCCCAGCGACAAGUACGAUUUACUGCACACGGCGGGCACACGCGGGCUAGUGGUGCACGACCUGAGCCGGGACGACGCCGGCCUGUAUACCUGCCACCUGGACAACGAGGAGACACGGGCGCGUGUCAGUGUGCACGACCUGCAUGUGGGCAUCACCAAGAGGCUGAAGACAGUGGAGGUGCUGGAGGGUGAGAGCUGCAGCUUUGAGUGCAUCCUGUCCCAUGAGGACACUGGCAACACAGCCGUGUGGAUGAUCAGCGGGAAGACCGUGGGCACCUCGGGCCGCUUCCGGGCCACACGCCAGGGCCGCAAGUACACCCUGGCUGUGAGAGAGGUGGUGCCAGGUGACGCCGGGGAGGUUAUCUUUUCCGUGAGGGGCCUCACCUCCAAGGCCUCGCUCAUCGUCCGAGAGAGGCCAGUGGACAUCAUGAAGCCGCUGGAGGACCAGCGGGCCACACCAGGCAAGGAUGUGGUACUGAGCUGUGAGCUGUCGCGGGCGGGCACCACGGUGCGCUGGCUGAAGAACGGGAAGGCCAUUCGCAAGAGUCAGAAGUAUGAUCUGCUCAGUGAGGGCACGAGGGCUGUGCUGGUCAUCCGUGCAGCCUCGCUCAAGGAUUCUGGCGAGUACACGUGCGAGACAGAAGUUUCCAAGAGCACAGCCAGCCUCCUCAUAGAAGAAAAGGCAAACCGGUUCACUGAGGAGCUAGCUGAUCUACAGGUGGAGGAGAAGGGCACGGCCGUAUUUACCUGCAGAACGGAGCACCCCGCGGCUGUGGUGAUCUGGCGCAAAGGCCUCUUAGAGCUGCGCGCCUCAGGGAAGCACGUGCCCAGCCAGGAGGGCAUGACAUUAAGGCUCACCAUCAAUGCUCUGGAGAAGGUGGACAGUGACACCUACACCUGUGACAUUGGCCAGGCGCAGUCCCAGGCACGGCUCCUGGUGCAAGGUCAGAGAGUGCUCAUCACAGAGGACCUGGGGGACGCUGAGGUGCAGGAGGGCUCCUCAGCCACCUUCAGCUGCCGCGUCUCCCCUGCUGACUACGGGCCUGUCCGCUGGUUCCUGGACAAGACUCCCCUGUAUGCCAAUGAGCUCAACGAGAUCGAAGCCCAGCCUGGUGGCUACCACGUGCUCACCCUACGGCAGCUUGCACUCAAGGACUCGGGCACUGUACACUUCGAAGUGGGUGACCAGCGGUCCUCGGCUGCCCUGCGGGUCACAGAGAAGCCAAGCAUCUUCUCCAGGGAGCUCACGGAUGCCACAGUCAUAGAGGGGGAGGAUCUGGCCCUUGUCUGUGAGACCGUUGCCCCAGACAGCCCCGUGCACUGGACCAAGGAUGGGAAAGCCCUGCGGCCAUCAGCCCGGUGCCAGUUGAGCCGCGAGGGCCGCCGGGCCCAGCUGAUCCUCACUGACAUCACCCUGCAGGAUGGUGGGCGCUACAAGUGUGAGACUGGGGGUGUCUGGAGCAGCUCCAUCAUCAGGGUCCAUGCACGGCCGGUGCAGUUCCGGGAGGGGCUGAGGAACAUGGAGGUGCUGGAGGGCGGUGCCGCCACACUGCGCUGUGUACUGUCAUCUGUGGCCACACCUGUAGAGUGGCGCCGUGGAGAUGAGGUUUUACAGCCAGGAGGCAAGUACAGUGUACGGCAGGAGGGUGCCAUGCUGGAGCUGGUGGUCCGGGACCUGCGGCCCCAAGACAGCGGGCAGUAUGCCUGCUGCUUCGGUGAUCAGACAACCUCAGCCACACUCACCGUGAAGGCCCUGCCUGCCGAGUUCAUAGGAAGAAUGAGAAGCAAGGAGGCCACGGAAGGGGCCACGGCCACACUGCGCUGCGAGCUGAGCAAGCCGGCCCCCGUGGAGUGGAGGAAGGGGCCCGAGACCCUCAGAGCUGGGGACAGAGUCAGCCUGAGGCAGGACGGGGCCGUGUGUGAGCUGGAGAUCCGGGGCCUGGCUGUGGCCGACGCUGGAGAGUACUCGUGUGUGUGCGGACAGGAGAGGACCUCGGCCACGCUGAACGUCAGGGCCCUACCUGCCGAGUUCAUAGGAAGAUUGAGAAGCAAGGAGGCCACAGAAGGGGCCACGGCCACACUGCGCUGCGAGCUGAGCAAGCCGGCCCCCGUGGAGUGGAGGAAGGGGCCCGAGACCCUCAGAGCUGGGGACAGAGUCAUCCUGAGACAGGAUGGGGUCGUGUGUGAGCUGGAGAUCCGGGGCCUGGUUGUGGCCGACGCUGGAGAGUACUCGUGUGUGUGCGGGCAGGAGAGGACCUCGGCCACGCUGACCGUCAAGGCCUUGCCAGCUCAAUUCACCGAAGAGCUAAAGAGCAAGGAGGCCACGGAAGGGGCCACGGCCACACUGCGCUGCGAGCUGAGCAAGCCGGCCCCCGUGGAGUGGAGGAAGGGGCCCGAGACCCUCAGAGCUGGGGACAGAGUCAGCCUGAGGCAGGACGGGGCCGUGUGUGAGCUGGAGAUCCGGGGCCUGGUUGUGGCCGACGCUGGAGAGUACUCGUGUGUGUGCGGGCAGGAGAGGACCUCGGCCACGUUGACCGUCAGGGUCCCACCCGCUAAGUUCACAAAGGGUCUGAGGAAUGAGGAGGUCACAGAAGGGGCCACGGCCACACUGCGCUGCGAGCUGAGCAAGCCGGCCCCCGUGGAGUGGAGGAAGGGACCCGAGACUCUCAGAGCUGGGAACAGAGUCAGCCUGAGGCAGGACGGGGCCGUGUGUGAGCUGGAGAUCCGGGGCCUGGCUGUGGCCGACGCUGGAGAGUACUCGUGUGUGUGCGGGCAGGAGAGGACCUCGGCCACGCUGAACGUCAGGGCCCCGCAGGUGGUAUUCAGGGAACCCCUGCGGAGCCUGCAGGCUGAGGAGGGCGGUCUGGCCACCCUUCGGUGUGAGCUGUCGGCGCCCAGUGCUGUGGUCUGGAGCAAGGCCGGGCUAGAGCUGCAGGCGGACAAGCGCCGGCAACUGCGUCAACAGGGCUGCACAGUGGAGCUGGUGCUGCUGGACCUGCGCAGGGAAGAUGCCGGCGAGUACACCUGCACCUGUGGCUCCCAGGCUACAAGCGCCACCCUUGCUGUCACAGCUGCACCCGUGCAGUUCUUGCAGGAGCUGCAGGCCCAGGAGGUAGAUGAGGGUGCGACGGCCCACCUGCGCUGUGAGCUGAGCCGGGCAGGCGCCAGCGUGGAGUGGCGCAAGGGCUCGCUGCAGCUCUUCUCCUGUGCUAAGUACCAGAUGGUACAGGAGGGUGCAGUCGUGGAACUGCUGGUGCUGGGCGCUGAGCAGGAGGACGCCGGCCACUACACCUGUGACACGGGCCACACACAGAGCACUGCCAGCCUUUCAGUCCGUGCCCCCGGGCCCAUGUUCCAGACUGAGCUGCAGGGCACAGAGCAGGAAGUGGGCGGCGAGGCCCGACUGUGCUGCCAGCUGAGCAAGGUGGAGCACGGAGCUCCUGUGCAGUGGUUCAAAGAGGGUGCAGAACUGCGUGCAGGCCCCAAGUACGAGAUGCGUUACCAGGGGGCCACGUGUGAGCUGCUGAUCCAUGGGCUUGAGGCCAAGGACACGGGCGAGUAUGCCUGCGUGGUGGGUGGCCAGAAAACCUUGGCCUCUGUCAAGGUCAGAGAGCCCGAGGUAACCAUAGUGCGGGGUCUGCUCGACGCCGAGGUGCAGGCUGACGGGGAGGUGGAGUUCAGCUGCGAGGUGUCACACACUGGUGCCACGGAUGUGGAGUGGCGCCUCCAGGGCCUGCCGUUGCAGAAUAAUGAGGUGACAGAGGUGGCUGUGCGGGGUGGCCGCACGCACACACUGCGGCUGAAGGGCGUGACACCAGAGGAUGCAGGCACCGUCUCUUUCCACGUGGGCCUCCACAUGUCCUCUGCCCAGCUCACUGUCAGAGCCCCCGAUGUGACCAUCCUGGAGCCCCUGCGGGAUGUGCAGCUCAGCGAGGGCCAAGAUGCCCAUUUCCAGUGCCAGCUGUCCAGAGCCUGCAGCCAGGAGGCCCGCUGGACCCUGGGAGGGGUUCCCCUGCAGGCCAAUGAGAUGAACGACAUCACAGUGGAGCACGGCACAUUGCACUCUCUCACCCUCCACAAGGUGACCCUCGAGGAUUCCGGAACCAUCAGUUUCCAAGUGGGCUCAUGUAGCUCAGAGGCCCAGCUGAAGGUCACAGAGGCAGCACCAUACCUGGUACGUGGCUUGCAGAACGUGGACGUCUUUGCGGGGGAGGUGGCCACGUUCUCCUGCGAGGUGUCCUGUGCAGGUGGGCCGGAGGCCCGCUGGUGGCUGGAUGGGACCCUGCUGCAGGACGGCCCCCAGAGUGCCAUCUGCGUGCGUGAUGGGACCUUCUACUCCCUCACGCUGUCGGACCUGGGGGUUGCCGACUCAGGCACCAUCACCUACCGUGCAGGGCCCCUGGUCUCCACGGCCAAGUUGUUGGUAAAAGAUCCCACGGUGGAGGUGGUCAGUGCCAUGCAGGACCUGGCGGUGGAGGAGGGCGGCCCGGCCGAGCUCCUCUGCCAGUACUCGAGGCCAGUGCAGGCCACGUGGAAGAUGGACGAGCAGGAGGUGUGCGCCGACGGGCACCGUGUCGUCAUAGAGCAGGACUGGACCGUGGCCAGGCUGUCAUUCAGGCCCGCCUUGCCCUGCGACAGUGGCAUCUAUUCUUGUGAGGCCGCGGGUACCCGCGUGGUAGCCCUGCUGCAAGUGCAAGCCAAGAACAUGGUGGUGCGGGGCCUGGAGAAUGUGGAGGCGCUAGAAGGUGGCGAGGCGCUGUUCGAGUGCCAACUGUCCCAGCCGGAGGUGGCGGCCCACACCUGGCUGCUGGACGAUGAGCCUGUGGGCACCUCCGAGAACACCGAAGUGGUCUACUUCGAGAAUGGUCUGCGGCACCUGCUGCUGCUCAAAAACUUGCGGCUGCAGGACAGCUGCAGGGUGACCUUCCUGGCGGGGGAUGUGGUGACAUCAGCGUUCCUCACCGUCAGAGGGUGGCGCCUGGAAGUCCUGGAGCCCCCGCGGGACGAGGUCGUGCGGAUGGGGGGGCAGGCCCACUUCAGCUGCUCGCUCAGCGAAGCGGUGCCGGUGGGCGAGGCAACCUGGUACAUUAAUGGGGCGGCAGUGCAGCCGAACGACGCGGACUGGACGGUCACUGCAGAGGGCAGCCACCACGCACUGCUGCUGCGCCGCGCCCAGCCUCACCACGCCGGCGAGGUCACCUUCGCCGCCCGCGAUGCCGUGGCCUCUGCACGGCUCACCGUGCUGGGCCUCCCUGACCCCCCGGAGGAUGCCGAGGUCGUAGGGCGCAGCGGUCGCUCCGUGACGCUGUCUUGGGUGGCCCCCACGAGCGACGGUGGCGGGGGCCUUUGCGGCUACCGGGUGGAAAUGAAGGCGGCGGCCACCGGCGAGUGGCGGCUGUGCCACGAGCUGGUGCCGGGGCCAGAGUGCGUGGUGGACGGUCUGGCCCCUGGGGAGACCUACCGCUUCCGCGUGGCGGCCGUGGGCCCUGCGGGCGCUGGGGAGCCUGUGCAUCUGCCCCAGACGGUGAGGCUCGCAGAGGCCCUGGAGUCCGCCCUUUUGUCCUCUACCCCGGAGAGCCGGCAGGUGUCUGCCGGCGAGGACCUGCGUCUGGAGUGCGAGGUGGCGGAGGCAGGCGAGGUUGUCUGGCUGAAGGGAACGGAGCGCAUCCAGCCCAGCAGGCGCAUUCAGGUUCUCUGCCAGGGUCGGCAGCACACCCUGGUGAUCCGGGGCUUUUCCGCAGAGGACCAGGGCGAGUACCGCUGUGGCCCGGCAGUGGACCCUGCCUCUGCUGGUGCCACCACCUUCCAUGUGGCGGUGAAACCAAGAUCCGGGGAGGCCCCCAUGCAGCCCAGCUUGCCCCCUGAAGCAGCCCAGGAAGGCGACCUACACCUGCUAUGGGAAGUCCUGGCCCGGAAACGCCGCAUGAGCCGUGAACCCACCCUAGACUCAAUCAGCGAGUUGCCCGAGGAGGAUGGUCGCCUGCAGCGCCUGCGGCAAGAGGCAGAGGAGAUGGCCCCUGACCUCUCAGAGGACUACUCCACAGCUGACGAGCUGGCACGCACCGGCGAAGCUGACCUCUCACACACCAGCUCUGAUGAUGAAUCCCGGGCAGGCACCCCUUCUCUGGUCACUUACCUCAAGAAGGCUGGUAGGCCCAGCACCUCUCCACUGGCCAGCAAGGUUGGGGCCCCAGCAGUCCCCUCUGGGAAGCCACAGAAGCAGCAGGAGCAGCCAGCCGCAGUGUGCCCACUUCCAGGAGGCCUGAGUGCUGAGGACCUGGGUGACCCAUCCCUGGACAAGGCAGCCAUGAAGAUCCAGGCUGUUUUCAAGGGCUACAAGGUGCGAAAGGAGAUGAAGCAGCAGGAGGGGCCUGUGUUCCGCCACACAUUUGGGGACACUGAGGCACAAGUUGGGGACGUCCUAUGUCUGGAGUGUGUGGUGUCCAGCAAGGCAGAUGUGCAAGCUCGCUGGCUGAAGGAUGGUGUGGAGCUCACUGACGGCCGUCACUACCACAUUGACCAGCUUGGGGAUGGCACCUGCUCUCUGCUGGUCACUGGCCUGGGCCGUGCCGAUGCCGGUCACUACACCUGUCAGGUGAGCAGCAAGUUUGGCCACGUGGCCCACAGCGCCCAUGUGGUGGUCAGCGGGACAGAGAGUGAGGCCGAGAGCUCCUCCAGCAGUGAACUGGAUGACGCCUUCCGCCGGGCAGCCCGGAGGCUGCACCGUCUCUUCCGCACCAAGGGCCCAGCGGAGGUUUCAGAUGAGGAGAUCUUCCUGAGCGCGGAUGAGGGCUCACUGGAGACCGAGGAGCCUGGGGACUGGCAGACGUACCGCGAGGACGAGCACUUGAUCUGCAUCCGCUUUGAGGCACUGGCCGAGGCCCGCCAGGCAGCCACCCGCUUCCGGGAGAUGUUUGGCACGCUGGGCAUCGGGGUGGACAUCAGCCUGUCAGAGCAGGGGCCCCGGGGCGUGGAGAUGCGCAUUGCCAAGGUGUCCCUGGUCCCUGCAGCGCCGCCAGAGCCACUGCCAAGCUUGCUGACCACAGAGACUGCCCCAGUGUUCCUGACUGAGCUGCAGAAUCAGGAGGUGCAGGACGGGUACCCUGUGAGCUUCGACUGUGUGGUGAUGGGCCAGCCCGUGCCCAGUGUGCGCUGGUUCAAGGAUGGAAGGGUGCUAGAGGAGGAUGACCACUACAUGAUCAGUGACGACCAGCAGGGCGGCCACCAGCUCAUCAUCACAGCCGUGGUGCCGGCAGACAUGGGUGUCUACCGCUGCCUGGCUGAGAACAGUGUGGGUGUGUCCUCCACCAAGGCUGAGCUUCGCGUGGACUUGACCAGCACCGACUACGACACUGCCGCAGAUGCCACAGAGACCUCAUCCUACUUCAGCGCCCAAGGCUACUUGUCCAGCCGCGAGCAGGAGGGUGCAGAGUCUACGUCAGAGGAGGGGCAGUUGCCCCAGGUGGUAGAGGAGCUGAAAGACCUCCAGGUGGCCCCUGGCACACGCCUGGCCAAGUUCCAGCUCAAGGUGAAAGGCUACCCGGCACCCCACCUCUACUGGUUUAAAGAUGGGCAGCCCCUGGCCACUUCUGCGCACAUCCGUUUAGUGGACAAGAAGACGCUGCACACCCUGGAGGUCCUCUCGGUCACCAGCGAGGAUGCUGGCCAGUACUCGGCCUACAUCAGCAAUGCCGUGGGCGCCGCCUACUCAUCUGCUCGGCUGCUGGUUCGAGGCCCCAAUGACCCAGAAGAGAAGCCAGCAGCAGGUGAGCCAAGCCCAGCAGCAGACGUGCAGCAGCUCUUGCCACCCCGAUUCCUAGAGAAGUUCACCUCCAAGAAGGUGAAGAAGGGUUCCAGCAUCACUUUCUCUGUGAAGGUUGAAGGUCUCCCCACCCCGGCUGUUCACUGGCUGCGGGAGGAGGCAGAGCGGGUGCUGUGGAUCUGCCAGGACACGCCGGGCUACACAAUAGCCAGCUCUGCCCAGCAGCACAGCUUGGUCCUGCUGGAUGUGGGCCGAGAGCACCAGGGCACCUACACUUGCAUCGCUUCCAGUGCUGCUGGCCAGGCCCUCUGUUCUGCCAGCCUGCAUGUUUCUGGCUUGCCCAGGGAAGUGGGGGCAGCAGGGGAACCGACUGGGGUGAAGGAGGCCCUCAUCUCCACCUUCCUGCAGGGGACCCAAGCCAUCUCUGCACAGAUGCCAGAAGCUGCAGAUUUUGCCAACCUUGCCGGGCAGAGGAAAGGAGAGCCCCUGGCAGCUGAGGCCCGUGGCCACCUGUCCCUGGCUGAGGUGGGCACGGAGGAGUUUCUGCAGAAGCUGACCUCACAGAUCACGGAGAUGGUGUCGGCCAAGAUCACGCAGGCCAAGUUGCAGGUGCCCGGAGGUGACAGUGAUGAGGAAUCCAAGACCCCAUCUGCAUCCCCCCGGCAUGGCCGCUCACGCCCCUCCUCCAGUGUCCAGGACUCAUCCUCGGAGUCAGAGGAUGGGGACUCCCGGGGAGAGAUCUUUGACAUCUACGUGGUCACGGCCGACUACCUGCCCCUGGGGGCCGAGCAGGAUGCCAUCUCACUACGGGAGGGCCAGUACGUGGAGGUGCUGGACUCAGCCCACCCACUUCGCUGGCUUGUACGUACCAAGCCCACCAAGUCCAGCCCCUCGCGGCAGGGCUGGGUGUCGCCUGCCUACUUGGACAAAAGGCUCAAGCUGUCACCCGAGUGGGGGCCCACGGAGGCCCCUGAGUUUCCCAGGGAGGCCGUGUCCGAGGAUGAGUACAAGGCACGGCUGAGCUCUGUCAUCCAAGAGCUGCUGAGCUCCGAGCAGGCCUUCGUUAGCAGCCUGCAGUUCCUGCAGGGCCACCACAUGCGGCACCUGGACAGCUGUCCCCACGUGCCCACUGCAGUGGCCAGCCAGAAGGCCGUCAUCUUCCGCAACGUGCAGGACCUCAGCAACUUCCACAACAGCUUCCUGCAGGAGCUACAGAGCUGUGACACAGACGAUGACGUGGCCAUGUGCUUCAUCAAGAACCAGGCAGCCUUCGAGAAGUAUCUGGAGUUCCUGGUGGGCCGAGUGCAGGCCGAGUCGGUGGUGGUCAGCACGGCCGUGCAGGAGUUCUACAAGAAAUACACAGAGGAGGUGCUGUCGGCGGCCAACCCCUCACAGCCACCCCCGCCGCCGCUACAGCACUUCCUGGAGCAGCCGGUGCAGCGGGUCCAGCAGUACCAGGCCCUGCUCAAGGAGCUGAUCCGCAACAAGGCGCGGAACCGGCAGAACUGCGCACUGCUGGAGCAGGCCUAUGCGGUGGUGUCGGCCCUGCCGCAGCGCGCCGAGAACCAGCUGCACGUGUCGCUCAUGGAGAACUAUCCGGGCACCCUGGAGGCCCUGGGCGAGCCCAUCCGCCAGGGCCACUUCAUCGUGUGGGAGGGAGCACCGGGCGCGCGCAUGCCCUGGAAGGGCCACCACCGCCACGUCUUCCUGUUCCGACACCACCUGGUAGUCUGCAAGCCCAGGCGGGACUCACGCACCGACACCUUCAGCUACAUGUUCCGGAACAUGAUGAAGCUGAGCAGCAUCGACCUGAAUGAGCAGGUGGAGGGCGAUGACCGUGCCUUUGAGGUGUGGCACGAGCGGGAGGACUCAGUGCGCAAGUACCUACUGCAGGCGCGGACUGUCAUCACCAAGAACGCCUGGGUGAAGGAGAUCUGCGGCAUCCAGCAGCGCCUGGCCCUGCCCAUCUGGCGCCCCCCAGAUUUCGAGGAAGAGCUGGCUGACUGCACUGCCGAACUGGGUGAAACAGUCAAGCUGGCCUGCCGUGUGACAGGCACGCCCAAGCCCAUCAUCAGCUGGUACAAAGAUGGGAAGCCAGUAGAGGUGGACCCUCACCACAUCCUCAUCGAAGACCCCGACGGCUCAUGCACCCUCAUCCUGGACAACCUGACCGGUGUCGACUCUGGCCAGUACAUGUGCUUUGCAGCCAGUGCUGCUGGCAAUGCCAGCACCCUGGGCAAGAUACUGGUGCAGGUCCCCCCACGGUUUGUGAACAAGGUCCAGGCAGUGCCUUUUGUGGAGGGAGAGGACACCCAGGUCACCUGCACCAUUGAAGGCACCCCAUACCCUCAGAUAAGGUGGUACAAGGACGGGGCCCUGCUGACACCUGGCGGCAAGUACCGGACCCUGAGUGAGUCACGCAGCGGCCUCCUGGUGCUGGAGAUCCGGGCAGCAAGCAAGGAGGACCUGGGCUACUACGAGUGCGAGUUGGUGAACCGGCUGGGCUCGACACGGGGCGGCGUGGAGCUGUCCAUACAGAGCCCAGCACUUCGGUCCCAGGAGCAGCGCUGCCAGGAGCGCAUUGCUGUGGUGGAAGAUGCUGCCGUCCUACCCCCAGUGGCCCUGGAGCAAGCGAACCAGAUCAUGCCUGUCCCGGGGACACUGGUGGGCCCUGAGGCUCCAGGACCCUCUGCAGGGCACCAAGCCAGCCCCAGUCUGGGGGAACCACCGGCACUCCAGGAGGCCAGCCCCCAGCCCCUAGGCACUGAGGUUGUGGAGGAAUCUGGCCCUGGCCUCCCACCAGCUGAGCCCUGGAAGGUGCCGAAGCCCCUCCCCCACGCGGGCCAGGAGCAGAACUUGGGGCCCCCCACCGAGGCUCAGGGACGCAUCGUGCCCAUCCGGGUGGAGGCUGCAGCCUGGCCAGGGACAAGGGCCACAGAGUUCUGGGAUGUCCAAAGCCACGUGUUCACAGAGACCACACACCGGACAUACGUGUACCAGGCCAGCGACUCGGGUGCCGCAAGACCGCCAUCCAUGCAGGUCACCAUCGAGGAUGUUCAGGCACAGAGGGGCCACACCGCGCAGUUCCAGGCGGUCAUCGAGGGCAACCCGCAGCCCACAGUGACCUGGUACAAGGACAGCGUCCAGCUGGUGGAUGGCGCGCAGCUCAGUCAGCAGCAGGAUGGGACCACGUACUCCUUGGUGCUGAGGAACGUGGGCCAGCAAGAUGCCGGGGUCUACACCUGCCUAGCCCAAAACGCUGGUGGCCAGGUGCUGUGCAAGGCGGAGCUGCUGGUGCAUGGGGGAGACAGUGAGCCGGAUUCGGAGAAGCAAAGCUAUCGCAGGAAACUGCACUCCUUCUACGACGUCAAGGAGGAGAUUGGGAGGGGCGUGUUCAGCUUCGUGAAGAGGGUGCAGCAUAAGGGCAAUCAGAUGUCCUGUGCCGCCAAGUUCAUCCCCCUUCGGAGCAGGACGCGGGCCCAGGCGUACCGCGAGCGCGACGUGCUAGCCGCGCUGAGCCACCCACUGGUCACUGCGCUGCUGGACCAGUUCGAGACCAGUAAGACCCUCAUCCUCGUCUUGGAGCUGUGCUCAUCAGAGGAGCUACUGGACCGUCUGUUUAAGAAGAGCGUGGUGACAGAGGCCGAGGUCAAGGUCUACAUCCAGCAGCUGGUAGAGGGGCUGCACUACCUGCACAGCCAUGGCAUUCUCCACCUGGAUAUAAAGCCCGCCAACAUCCUGAUGGUGCACCCUGCCCGGGAAGACAUCAAAAUCUGUGACUUCGGCUUUGCCCAACAUAUAACUCUGGCAGAGCCUCAGUACAGCAAGUACGGGUCCCCUGAGUUUGUGUCCCCUGAGGUCAUCGAGCAGAUGCCAGUGAGCGAGGCCUCUGACAUCUGGGCUAUGGGAGUCGUCUCCUACCUCAGCCUGACCUGCUCAUCCCCGUUUGCCGGUGAGAGUGACCGUGCGACCCUUCUCAACGUGUUGGAGGGGCGGGUGUCUUGGAGCAGCCCAAUGGCCAUGCACCUCAGCCAUGAUGCCCAGGAUUUUAUUAUGGCUGCCCUACAGAGGGCCCCAGGAGCCCGUCCCAGCGCAGCCCAGUGCCUCGCCCACCCCUGGUUCCUGAAGUCUGUGCCGGCAGACGAGGCUCACUUCAUCAACACCAAGCAGCUCAAGUUCCUCCUGGCCCGCAGCCGCUGGCAGCGCUCCUUGAUGAGUUACAAGUCCAUCCUGGUGAUGCGCUCCAUCCCAGAGCUGCUCCAGGGUCCACCCAACAGCCCGUCCCUUGGAGUGGCCCGCCACCUGCGCGGCGACACCAGCGCCUCGUCCAGCAGCUCCUCCUCCUCUGACAACGAACUGGCACCCUUUGCUCGGGCCAAGUCGCUACCGUCCUCCCCAGUGACCCACUCCCCGCUUCUGCACCCGCGGGGCUUCCUGCGGCCAUCGGCCAGCCUGCCAGAGGAAGCCGAGUCCUAUCUGCCAGUUGAGGCCGCAUCUCCGCCCGCAUUGCCCAGGGGCACAGAGCCGCCAGCCUCCCCAGGCUGCGUACCCCGGCAGAGCGUCAUCCGCAGCUUGUUCUACCAGCAGGCAGGCGAGGGCCCAGAGCGUGGGGGCCCGGCCGCAGGCAGCAGGCGGCAGCCGGUGCGCCGGAGGCACCUGCUCAAAGGCGGCUACUUUGCGGGCACCCUGCCAGGUCUGCGUGAGCCGCUGCUAGAACAUCGUGUGCUGGAAGAGGAGGCUGCCCGGGAGGAGCAGGCCGCUCUGAUGGCCAAAGUGCCCUCCUUCGAGACCGCCCUUCGGCUGCCUGGCAUCAGCUCCCAUGGAGGCCCUGGGAGAAGCCGCUCCCUGGACCUCGACCAACCACAUUCAGCCAGCCUCUCCACAGAGGCUUGCCAUGAGGGGCAAUGUCCCACCCAUACCCCCUUGGACCUCCAGGCAGCCCCAGGGGAGUGCAAGCCCAGAGAGGUCUCAGGUGCCAUGGUGACAGAGCGAGCAGAGGAGUCCCGGAAGAAGCUGAGACUAUCUCCAUCUACUGGUGGUGACCCAGGCUUUGCUGAGCAAGAGGGGUUGUCCCAGGACAGCUGUGGGAAGCUGCAGGCUUCUUUCUGUCACCCCCAAUGGGGUCCUGCCCCCCAGGAAGGCUAUGCCCCUUCCGUGGCUGUUGCACCCCAAGCUCCUGGCUCCUUUCCUCCAGGGCACUGCCCAGAGGCCCUCUUGGCACCCCCAAAUCUCUUGCUCUCUGGGGAGCUCCAGGCUUCCUCCUCACCAGCCCAAGCAAGUCCCCAGCCAGGCUCUGAGAGGUGGUUGGAGGCCAGUCCUCUCCCCAGGAGGCCCGGACCCUCCAGUUCCCCAAGGCCAGCCUCACUGGCGGGCACAGAGCCUAGCCCCUCCAUGGACACUGAGGACCUAGCCCAGGAGACAGAGAGGCCAUCUGAGUCUGCACCCAGCCUGCCUCCACCUCAGGAGCAGGCAACUUCGUGGAAGUUCUCCCUGGGGCACAGAGGGGGCUAUGCCGGGGUAGCUGGGUAUGGCACCUUCGCCUUCGGUGGGGAUGCAGGAGGCAUGCUGGGACAGGGGCCCCUGUGGGCCAGGAUGGCCUGGGCCACCUCUGAGUCAUUGGAGGAACAGGAUGAGGCCGAGGCCCAGAUCCCAACCACCAAGGCCAGUGUGGUGCCCCUGCCCAAGGGCAGCAGGGUCCCCCCAAGGGCCUACCCAGAGUUGACCUCGUGGGAAGAUUUCGGUGGGGGCUCCCAGGUGUCUCUGGUACAGAUCCAGGACCUAUCAGGGGACGCAGAGGCUGCUGAUACUGUGUCUCUAGAUAUAUCGGAGGUGGAGCCCGCCUACCUCAACCUAUCAGACCUGUAUGACAUCAAAUACCUCCCCUUUGAAUUCAUGAUCUUCAGGAAGGUCCCUAAGCCAGAGCCACCACCCUCCCCUGCAUCGGAGGCCGGGGAGGAGCUGGCCGAGCUCCCAGAAACCGCGUGGCCCUGGCCAGGCAUGCUGGGCUUGCCUGCUGGUCUGGAGAUCACGGAGGAGCCAGAGGACAUGGAGGCCCUACUCAGGGAGCCAGGGGGCAGCAGAAAGCGCAAGUGGUCACCCCCCUCCAGGGGCCUCCUGCGCUUCCCCAGGAGGCAGGCACUGCUGGAGGAGCCUGCCGAGCUGGGGCUACGCCAGAGGGUGAGGGCGUCGGUGGCCCACAUCUCCCGCCUCCUGAGGGGCAGGCCUGAAGGUUCGGAGAAGGAGGCACCCCCCAGGAAAAAAACAGGCCUAGCGUCCUUCCGGCUGUCAGGACUGAAGAGCAGAGAUCAAGCACCAUCCUUCCUAAGGGAGCUCGUUGAUGAGACAGUGGUUCUGGGCCAGUCUGUGACUCUCACCUGCCAGGUGUCGGCCCAGCCAGCUGCACAGGCCACCUGGAAUAAAGACGGGGUCCUCCUGGAGAGCAGCAGCCGCCUCCUCAUCUCCUCCACGCUCAAGAACUUCCACCUUCUGACCAUCUUGGUGGUGACCGCUGAGGACCUCGGCAUGUACACGUGCAGCGUGCGCAAUGCAUUGGGCAUGGCGGCCACCACAGCUGUCCUACGGAAGGCAGAGCGGCCCUCGUCCUCCCCGCGCCCGGACAUCGGGGAGGUGUAUGCAGAUGGGGUGCUGCUGGUCUGGAAGCCCGUGGAAUCCUAUGGCCCCGUGACCUACAUCGUGCAGUGCAGCCUGGAAGGUGGCAGCUGGAGCACGCUGGCCUCGGACAUCUUUGAUUGCUGCUACCUGGUCAGCAAACUUUCAAGGGGUGGCACGUACGCCUUUCGGACUGCGUGUGUCAGCAAGGCGGGCAUGGGCCCCUACAGCAGCCCCUCGGAGCAGGUCCUCCUGGGAGGGCCCAGCCACCUAGCAUCUGAGGAGGAGAGCGGCCCUGCACGGCCUGCCCAGCCCCUCCCCAGCACACAGACCUUCGCCUUCCAGACCCAGAUCCGAAGGGGCCGCUUCAGCGUGGUGCGGCAGUGCCGGGAGAAGGCCAGCGGGCGCGUGCUAGCAGCCAAGAUCGUCCCCUACCGCCCCGAGGACAGGACGGCCGUGCUGCGCGAGUACGAGGCCCUCAAGGGUCUGCGCCACCCGCACCUGGCCCAGCUGCAGGCCGCCUACCUCAGCCCUCGGCACUUGGUCCUCAUUUUGGAGCUGUGCUCUGGACCGGAGCUGCUCCCCUGCCUGGCAGAGCGGGCCUCCUACUCAGAAUCUGAGGUGAAGGACUACCUGUGGCAAAUGCUGAGCGCCGCCCAGUACCUGCAUGCCCAGUGCAUCCUGCACCUGGACCUCAGGUCCGAGAACAUGAUCGUCACCGAGUACAACCUGCUCAAGGUGGUCGACUUGGGCAAUGCCCAGAGCCUCGCCCAGGAGAGAGUCCUGCCCACAGAGAGGUUCAAGGACUACCUGGAGACCAUGGCUCCGGAGCUCCUGGAGGGCCAGGGUGCUGUCCCGCAGACCGACAUCUGGGCCAUCGGUGUGACAGCGUUCAUCAUGCUGAGCGGCGAGUACCCAGUGAGCAGCGAGGGGACGCGCGACCUGCAGAAAGGCCUACAGAAGGGGCUAAUCCUGCUAAGCCGCUGCUACGCGGGGCUGUCCGGUGGCGCCGUGGCCUUCCUUCAGAGCACGCUGUGCGUGCACCCCUGGGUUCGGCCGUGCGCGUCCAGCUGCCUGCAGUGCCCAUGGCUGACUGAGGAGGGCCCAGCUAGCUCCCAGCCCUCUGCCGUGACCUUCCCCACUGCGCGGCUGCGCGCCUUCGUGCGCGAGCGUGAGAAGAGGCGGACGCUGCUGUACAAGAAGCACAGCCUGGCCCAGGUGCGCUGAGUGCCUGGCUUUGCGGCUGGUGUGUGUGGAGGGCUGCCCUGCUGGGCCGCACCCCUGGCCUCCCGUCUGAGACUCGCAGUAUAUGCACAGACACGUCAAUAAAAAUCAGA